GGAGAAAAAGAGGUUCUGCUAGAAUGGCAACUAGCCUUUGAGGUUGCCGCAGCCCCAACUUCUGGACUAUUCAAUCUUGUUUUCUCUCGACAAAAUGGUGUUUUCGAGUGCAAGCAUCCGUUUAUUGACAAACCGAUGAUCACAAACGAGCCUUCUGUAGCAUGCGCACGGGUAGUAGGUCUGGGUUCGAAACUCUAUCUUAGAAACAUGGCGCGCAUGCUAAACAAAGAUGUAACUGGAUUCAUGCCGGGUUUUUCUCGAGUACACCACAAUCAAGCAAGCGAUAGAAAGGGGGCUUUGCUGGUAGGGUGCCUGCAAACUACUGUUAGUAACUUUUGAUAUAUUUUUAAAUUUAGGUUGCGUUGACCCUCUCGGCAUGGACAGUGGAGCAAUAACUGAUGCCCAAAUAAGUGCUUCUUCGCAGUGGGAUAACAAUCAUGCUGCAUCACGGGCCAGGCUACACAUGCGAUAUCAAAAAAGGGGCAAUAAAAGAGGGGCCUGGUCAUCUCGCACAAAUGAUCUUAACCAAUGGCUUCAGAUAAACCUUGGUGGUUACACUACAUUAACUCGUGUUGCAACACAAGGGAGGAGUGAUUACGAUCAAUGGGUAACUAAGUACAGAUUGCAGUACAGUGAUGAUGGGGUGAUCUUCCAGUUCUAUAAAGCGCCACAUCAGACUUCAGCAAAGGUAUGUAAAUAGGGAGUUUAAGCAACAACGUCUUUGAGCGCCGCAUGUCAACAGGAAGUGAGGCCUUUUCCCUUUCAGUACGGCUUGACGCCAGCAGGUUUUAAUUGGUAAGUGUCUUUACGCUUAUACAGACGAUUUGCCCAAGACUUUAGGCAAAAACCGCCUUCUAAGAAUGCAAAAAGUCCACUUCCGCUUGACGCGCGUCGCUCAAAAACGUCAGAUGUCGCUCUUAUAACUGUUACCUCCUUUGAAAGCAGUUUGAAGAAGCAAAAUGCGGAUUUACGUUCUCCUUAAGCAGAACAUAAGUGCAUCGUCGGUUCCGUGGUCACCUUUCACUUGAGUAGACCUAAGAACCCGCUAUUUUUACUUAUAAAAGUGCCUCAUUUUCUGAGAAGAUGUGAUUAUUCAACCGUUUGAAAACAUUGCUAUUGCGCGUAAGAAUACGGUCGAGCCUCUAUUUAACCGCCUCCUAUUACGCAGUCACUCUCUGAGGCCAAAAUUGUCAGUAAAUCCCUGUAAGUAAAAACUCUAUUAAGCGACCACUUAGGUCUCCUCAUAGAGGGUGUCACCUUACAACUGGCUUGACUGUAUCUUAUCCCACUUAUAGCAGAGCUGUCGUUUGCUUUGGCGCACCAUAGGUAAGAAAAUUAAGUCAUCUAUGUAUCCAAGAAAUUUCGGUUCUGACAAAAUUAUCUGUACGUACGUACGACAGUCCGUAGGUACGUUCGUCCGCCCCAUCAUGUUAGCGGAUAUGGAAUGUCUUACUUACUAGCAUAAAAAUCCAAGGUAUAUCCAAAUUGUGUUUUACUUGAUACUGGGCAUCCAUGUUGUGAUCAAUCGACAGCUAUUAAAAUAAGGUAUCCACUGACUAGUGUCACAUGACGGUAUCGCGGGCUCAAAUGUACAACUCGUUGAGGUGAAGUUUUCUUUUUAAGUUCUCCACCUACCAGUUGCGGUAUUCAAGUGAUCUCAGGCUCAGAAAACUUUACUUCAGAAAGACUUUCUCUUAAAAGUUCCCAUGAGAGCUUCGCUUCUGGCCUUGGCUAAAUCUAUAUAUUUCUUUAUAGUGAUAAAUUUAUGUUCCAAAGUGGGAAGAUAGUAUGACAUUUCUAACGACCAACAGAAUUCUUUUUGACAACUUUUCUUACAUGUAGCAUAUUCUGCUUGGACUUUAAAGUAUUAUCCAAGGCAUAACUACGUGCCUGAAAUUGUUUUCACUGUAUCACUGCAGGUUUUCCUCGCAAAUAAAGACCGUAACACCAUUGCUUACAACAUGUUGAAUCCACCCAUUACAACGCGCUUCAUUCGAAUCAAACCGAUGGAGUGGCGUGGACACAUAUCCAUGAGGAUGGAGAUCUACGGUUGU